CUUUUCUGUCUGUGAGGUUUCCUUCUUGGGUUUGUAUAUAAACCAAACCUACCUGCUGAAGAAAGUACCUCUCUGCAUCAUCUCAAGAAAAGAAAUGGAGCUUCUAAUCAUCAUCACUCUUUUUACCUUUUCCUUCUCUUCUCUUCUACCAACUUCUUCUUCCCAUAUUCAGUUGCAACCUUCUUCACUCCAGCUUCAAGAUGAUAAUAUGAAUACAAACCUGCAGCUUUCUCUACCAGCGGUUCCCAGAAAGCUAAGAUUCACUGAGAAAGUUAAAGAAGAUGAAAAAGCCAGAGAUCUUGGACCACAAAAGCAGGAUGAUUCCUUUGCUGCAGAGAAACAAUACCAUAGAAAGCAAAACAUGGUGCUUGGCAACAAGGGGACAAGACAAGAAUGGAUGGAGGUUGAUGACCCUUCACAAUACUUUACCAUGGAUUAUACCCGAGUGAGAAGACGACGUCCCAUACACAACAAGAAAUUGCCGGUUGGUCCAUGAACAUGGUGUUGAGAAAAUGCCAUAAUCAUAAACAGUUUUCACUCUAUAGUUGGUUUUGAAGCUUGUACUUAUAUUAGGUUACGGUUUUGUUCAAUAUGUGUGUUAAAAGUGUUAAAAACGUAAGCGUGAGUUUAAGUUAUUGAGUAAAAAGAUGAGAAAAGUUCCAAGGAUCCAUAAAUGUGUAAUUAGGAACAUGUGCAGUGUGUUUUGUGUCUUCACUUUUGCCUCCAUGGCUAGCAUUGGGACCAAAACCCUAAAACUUGUAUGAAAACUAGGACUUCACCUAUCUAAUUAACAAGUACUAUUACU